AUGAUUUCAGCGUUUGAAUUUGCACUUUCUGAAGCGGCUAAAGUUCUGAAAGACGGUGGUGUGAUUGCUUUACCUACUGAUACUUUGUAUGGUUUAGUUGCGACAGUGAGAAAUGUCCACAAAAUAUAUAAUAUCAAACAACGAAAUUUUUCGAAACCAUGUGGGCUGUUCAUAUCAGACGUUGGUCAAGUCAAGAAGUGGUGUUCUACUAAACUGGAAGAAUCAACCUUGACGCGGCUUCUUCCUGGCCCUGUAACCCUACUUUUUUUUCGUUCUGACCAUUUGCCGUCGGAGUUCAACCAAGGUAUUAAAACUGUUGGAAUACGAAUACCAAAACAUGAUUUCGUUACGCAGCUGACAAAAAAAUUAACAGCUCCUCUAGCACAAACCAGUGCUAAUUUGUCUGGUGAUCGUAAUCCGCGUUGCAUAGAAGACUUCUGCGAUUUGUGGUCGAAAUUAGACUUAGUGAUAGAUGGAGGAGAAAUUAAAGGUUCUCCUGGCCACCUGUCCGGUGAAGGAAGUACCGUUGUUGACAUGUCAUAUGAAGGGACGUAUAGCAUUAUUCGUGAUGGCACAGCAAGGACGAAAACUGAAGAAAUAUUAAGGGAUUGUGGAUUAGUGGCAAGAACUGAUGGUGAACUGUUUGCUCAGUCAAUAAACACUUUGCCAGGAAAGUGA